AUGAAAUCUUCUAUUUCUAUAUAUUUCACUGUAAUUAUCUUCAUUCAAUUAAAUUUACUUGCUAGUACUUCACAAGGGUUUGAUCCUGUUAUCCGACUCCCACAUUCCGGGUCAGCCCGAAUCAGAUCCAAACCCAGAAGGGUUCUUUCCAUUAUUGAUUUUGGUGCUAAAGGUGAUGGCUUUCAUAAUGACACACAGGCCUUCUUGGAGGUAUGGAAAAUCGCAUGUUCUCUCUCUGGAUAUAUAACUGUUGUUUUUCCACCUGGGAAAACUUUUCUUGUGCAUCCAAUUGACUUUAGUGGACCGUGUCGAUCUAAGAUCACUUUGAGGAUCUCAGGAACAAUAGUUGCACCGCGAGAUCCCGAGGCAUGGCAUGGCUUAAAUAGACGCAAAUGGAUUUACUUCCACGGGGUGAAUCACCUUUCUGUAAACGGUGGAGGGAGAAUAGAUGGAAUGGGACAGGAAUGGUGGUCCAUAUCUUGCAAGAUUAACAAAACAAAUCCAUGUCUUCCGGCUCCAACGGCUCUGACUUUUCAUAGAUGCAAGAGCCUGAAAGUCAGACACCUUGUGCUGAUAAAUAGCCAAAAAAUGCAUAUUGCAUUUACCAGCUGUAUGCGCGUUCAUGCAUCCCAUCUCAAAGUAUUGGCACCUGCUUCCAGCCCUAAUACAGAUGGAAUCCACAUCAGUGCAACAAAGGGUGUUGAGAUUAAGGAAAGUGUAAUUAGAACAGGUGAUGACUGCAUCUCCAUAGUCCGAAAUUCUUCACGGGUCAAGAUCAAAAAUAUUUCCUGUGGUCCAGGCCAUGGCAUAAGCAUUGGUAGCUUGGGAAAAUCAAAGGUAUGGGAGAAGAUUCACGAUGUCAAAGUUGAUGGAGUUUUUCUUUACAACACUCAUAAUGGUGUGAGAAUCAAAACAUGGCAGGGUGGAAGUGGUUUUGCCUCCAAGAUCACAUUCCAGAAUAUCUUGAUGGAAAAUGUGUCCAAUCCAAUAAUAAUAAAUCAAUACUACUGUGAUUCGCGACAUCCAUGCAAGAAUCAGACAUCCUCUGUUCAAGUGGAGAACAUAUCCUUUAUUAAUAUUCGAGGAACUUCAGCCACCGAAGAAGCCAUUAAGUUUGCUUGCAGCGACGACUCUCCGUGUGAAGGAUUAUACUUGGAGGACAUUUUUCUUCCAUCAUACUAUGGAGAAAAUACGACAUCUUACUGCUGGCAAGCUCAUGGUUCUGCUCAAGGUUAUGUGUAUCCUCCUGCCUGUUUUUCAAACAGCAGUGAUUUUAUUAGAAAGAAUAUUUUGUUAGAAUCAAAUCCUGCUAUCAAUUCUCUCUGA